AUGAUCAAGGACUCAAUACACCAUAUAGGAGAUAUACAAACAGACCAGCCAGCUUUGAAAAAAGUGAAAACUGAUCCACUGGUUCAAAAGAAGCACACUUACCCAUCACCUUCAAGAACCAUCUCCAUUCUAUCCAUCGCUAACAAGCAACAUCCAUUAAACGUUAAGCCUAGUGGAAACACAUUCAUUGCCAUUGAUCUGGAUAUCUUGACCAAAGGACAGCAACUACUAGGCGAUUUGAAUAGGUUUCCCUACGAUGUUAUCCUCCACAUUAUCUCAUACAUCGAUGAUGUGCCAAGUCUACUAAAUUUAUCACAUACGUCACGUAUCCUUUACGCUUUGACAUCGGAUGAAGAGAAUUGGAAACGAAUAUAUGUUGCCAAUAUCGACAAAUACGAUGAGCUCUCAUGGCUUGGAUCGUGGAGAAAUUCAGUUUUGCGUAUACCUAUACAGCACAAUGCCAAUUUGCAAUUACUCAACAACUUGCUUUGUUGUGAUGAGAUUUACCGACCAUAUCAAUGUUCACAAGUUGAUUAUAAACAUAUUUUUAGAAAAGUCAUACAGGAAGAAGAGAUGUAUCAUCAGGAUUCCUUGCGUGGUGAGUUGGGUACAUUGCCAAGUGGAAGAAUACAACGGAUUAAUGAGGCUGAUUUGGGACUUGACGAGUUCAACUCCAUUUAUCAUGAUAUUCCAUUCAUUUUAACUAAUCCAGACACUGCAAGAUGGCCACAUUGGACAUUUGAAUCGCUUUUGAACCGAUUCCCCCAGGUCAAAUUCAGACAAGAGGCAGUUAAUUGGAAUCUUGAGAAAUACUCCCAAUAUUUACAAUGCAAUCAUGAUGAAAACCCACUAUAUCUAUUUGAUUGUAAUAGUGAGGCUAUGAAAACUUUGAAAAAGGAGUACAACCCGCCGAAAAUAUUCCAUCAAGAUUAUUUCAAAGUGUUUGAUGAUGAAAAUUUAGGUUUCAACUGUCGACCAGACCAUGCAUGGCUCAUUAUGGGAUCGGCAAGAUCUGGCUCUACCUUCCACAAGGAUCCAAAUUCAACUUCGGCGUGGAACGUGGCUAUACAAGGACGCAAGUUGUGGGUUAUGAUCCCACCGGGUAUCCAACCACCUGGAGUCUCAACCGAUGAUGAAGAAAGCGAAGUCACUUCACCUGUGGGUAUUGCCGAAUGGGUGAUUUCCGGGUUCUAUAACGAUGUGUUUAAAAUCAACUGUGGUGGUGAUUCAGUACUGGCGGCAGCGGCUAAUACGAUUCCUCAGGUUGGCAUUACGUUCCCUGGUGAAUGCAUGUAUGUGCCUGCAGGAUGGUGGCAUUUGGUUAUAAACAUUGAUGAUUCAAUUGCGAUUACACAAAAUUUCGUGCCACAGUCCAAAAUACCUCAUGUUUUAAAUUUUUUCAAGAAUAAACCAAAGCAGAUAUCGGGAUUCAGGUUGAAAGAUGUGAAAAAGUGUCUUGAAUCGAUUGUGAGAGAAAACUACAACAGAAACAGAAACAAUGAUGAUGAUGGUGAUGAUGAUGCAUCGGUAGUUGAUGCUGCGUUGGUGGACUGUUUGGACAAAUUUGAUGAAUUGGGUACUCGGAUCGAUGAUUUGGAUGAGGAUUGUGGAGAGUUGGCCAAUUUGCCCAAAUUCCCCAUUUUUGAAAUCUUUAUUCAUUUGUUGAAAAGAAAGGGACACCAGGACUUGGUCAAUGAGGCAUUGGAAAAAGUUAAGAAGUGGGAAGAAAAGGCAUAUCAAGAGGAAACUGGUCGUAGUAGGAAAUGGGAACAUUUAACAGAGGUGGUUCCAGAAAACCUGACUACCAAUGGUGGUGCAUUCGCUUUUGGAUUUGAUGAAAGUGACAUUGAGUAG